UUUAUUUCCACCAACAUCCGUCUAUCUACUCAGCAUCUGUCGGAAGAUCACUAACUGUAUCAUCAGCCGAAAGCUUCCCUCCGCUCCUUCCUGCUUCCGGAACUCAAUUCCCCGGCCAAAUCUCUCACACGGCUGUCAACGCCCCGAAGCUCCUCACGGCCGCAUCCAUACUACCUAUCGGCGUCAAGUAAUAGACGACAUAUGUACUCGGUCGACGAGUGAGAGAACCGACCGAGAAAGUCUGAAAGUUCGCCGCGACUGCCGCCGCUCUCACCUUCAUCGCCGGAGGCCUGGUAUAAGGCAGCAUACUUCACGGGUAGCCUUCCUCUUUAUUUGGUUAACAAUAUCCUUCUAUCCACCGGGGUGAGUCCGAUUGCUAGCUGUCAACUCUGUACGUGGGCGGCAGAGCUGCGCAAUGGGGACCUCAACGUCCAAGGUUCUGGGGCAGAACGCGAAGCGGACAUGCCAGCCCAGCAACGAAAUCCAGCAGUCUCCAUCUUCUCCGGCACUGGCAACAGCGUGCUCCAGCAAUGGCUCCUCACCGUCUGUCGAUUCUCGAUUCCUUUGCUGCGGCCAACCCGACGCCCCUUCACCCCACUUUCGCUUUCUCGAUCUUCCAGCCGAAAUGAGGGUUAUGAUCUACGAAGAACUUGUCGUAGUCGGAAAGAUCUUCUACACGCAUAACCUCCACGACGUCGAAAACGGCAGGCGCUGUCACGGAUUCGAGCUCUUCAAGAAGCCCAAAUUGACCAUCUUCCUAGUCUGCAAGCAGAUACACACGGAAGCGGAAAAAGUCUAUCUCACCAAGAACUUAUUUGUGCUUCCUGUCAACUGGCCAGCGUUCCAACCGUUCACUACGAGGAACACGUCCGACGAGGUCGAAGACGAUGACGAAUCCUCCAAGCAACCCGCUGCACCACGCUACCUUUUCUCCGCUUCGGCGCUUGAUAGCGUUAAGAAUAUCAGCAUCUCCAUUGACCAAAAGCAACUAGAGCACUAUGGGUGUUCUCACUCGGCAUGGACGCAGAUCUACGAACCAGCAAUCGGACCUUUCGACCAGCUUACUCGGCAUCAACGCUUCGACCAUAUCCACGAUCUGGAGCUGGACGAUGUCGCAGAUCAGUGGCUCGACUUGGUGCAUUCUCUUCCGGUUCCCCCUACCGGCCUGCAUUAUCUCGAAGUCGACUUUACCAACGCUUAUUGUCCCAUCGGCUGCUGUCGGCCAAUCCACCUAGCUGUGGGCGAUUGGAUCACAUUGGUGGCGCCGAAGAAGCUCGAUGUCAUAGGAGUGCUUCCUGAUGAGGAGCGGCAAUUCACGUAUGUGGAUCUCAACGGAAUGCACUAUACCCGGAGAAUCCUCAAGCAACAAUACGGAUUGCGCUUCCGACAGCCCGGCGAGCCUACGCCAUGGGACGAGUGGAUGAUUCGACAUCCAGCGGCGGUUUAUACGCUUCCCUAGUCAUUACGGAGGAAUACAAUGGACAGAACUGAAGGAGGGUUUUGAGAUAUGG